AUGGAGAGAAUGAAGCGAGAUGCAUACAAAAAGCGAAAUCAAAGCCUGAUGAUGUACACUGCUGCAGCUCUUCUUCUCGGCCUGGGCGUGACAUAUGCAGCGGUCCCCUUCUACCGCGCGUUCUGCGGCGCGACGGGAUUCGGCGGCACGCCGAUGGUCUCACAAGGCCGCUUCGAGCCAUCUCGCUUGGUGCCCAUCUCAUACUUUGGCGACACCGGCUCGCGGAUCAAGCGAAUACGCGUCACAUUCAACUCGGAUACCAGCGACUCGUUACCGUGGAGCUUCACGCCUGUCACAAAGGAGAUCCACGUCCUACCUGGGGAGACGGCGCUGGCGUUCUACACGGCGACAAACAAGGGAAAGAAAGAUAUCGUUGGCAUUGCGACGUACAAUGUCGCGCCAGACAGGAUCGCACCAUACUUUGCGAAAGUCGAAUGCUUCUGCUUUGAAGAGCAAAAGCUGCUUGCAGGCGAGGAGGUGGACUUACCCGUCUUCUUUUUCAUUGACAAGGACAUGCUCGAAGAUCCCGCAGUAAAGGACGUGGAGGAGGUCGUGCUGAGCUACACAUUCUUCUCUGCGCGUAGAAAUGAGAAGAAUGGCCAGCUGGAGCCCGACACGGAUCUCAGCCAGUACACCGUCGGCAUGGACUUGCCCGACCUCAAAUGA